AAGAAGAAAUCACGCUAAGGCUAAUUCUCUAAUUUCUUGUUGCUGCUGCGUUCUCCAUUCGAAUAUUUCAAUAUACAGCUACAAAACGUUAUGCAGGUGAAGUAUUGCGUUAUAAUGACUAAGAUUUUGGGUUAUAGUCAUGUGAACUGUAAAUUUAAUUCUUAAGCUAAUUGGUGUGAGAGCUAGCUCCGUAGCAUUGUUAACAGUCACGAUACGUACAGAUUGGUCGUGAAUUUUUAUAAGCAGACUUUUUUUUUCUCUUUUUUGAGUUAUUAGGUUAAACGACACUUAAAAAAAACUUUCAAAACACUGUCAAAUGUAACAUUCGUGUCAUUCUUAAUAAAUCAUUACGAUGGCUGGGUUAGGUUUUACCCCUGCCAGAAAACAAGACCUUUUCAGUAUCGAGACGUUUAAUUCACCAAGAAGCAACACUUGCAGUGGACAAGAGGCCAGAGAAUUUUACGAAAACCUUGUGAAAGACGAUAAAGUGACUUUCAAACAGCAUUGGAAUGAGCAGACAAAGAGUGGCUCCAGACGAAGAGACAGGAGAAGGAGGGCUGAAACUGAUUCUAGCAUAAUGCAAAGAAGAGGGGCAGCAGGAGGGGAAGGAAACAGAACAAGAAACGCAACCGGCGGAUACGUCAACUCUGAGAUGUCCUUAGAACUCCUGGGUCUCAAGCUGUUGCGCUGUGCGCAAGAGGGAGAUCUUGCUGGGUUGGAAGACUUGCUUGCGAAAGGGGUGGACAUCAACUUCCAGGAUUCCUUUUUCUGGACAGGCAUCAUGUGUGCGAGCUCUUCGGGACAAAGAGCUGCCGUGAGGUUGUUGCUGGAGAGAGGCGCUGCUUGGGUGGGUGUUGUGGACACUCAGGGUCGGGAUGCUAGAGAUCUGGCCUCACAGGCGGGCCACAGCGGUGUGUUAGAAGAGUUGGAGAACUACGGUAGAAGUCCACCAAGAGAAGCUAAUAGCAGGUCGGCACAGCCUCAGUGGUGCCAAGUGUGUGCUGUGGAGUACACAAGCGACCUGUCAUCACAUCUCUCCUCCACGCUGCAUCAGUUCAAUGUAAAGCGCGCCCCACUGGUACCCUACUACUGUCUCCCGCCCUCAGCCAAGAGUUACAAAAUGAUGCUCAGCUGCGGCUGGCAGCCCGCCGAGGGCCUCGGCCCAGAUGGGCAGGGGCCCAUGCAACCUGUGGCCACAGUCUUAAAGAGGGACCAGAAAGGCCUCGGCUAUGGACCGAUGGUGAAAGCAAGAGUGACUCACUUCAAAGCGGGUGAUCGGGGCUCAGUGAAAAUAGCACUUGCAAAGAAAGAGAAGGGCAAGACGAAAGAGGAAAGUUGGAGGAAAGAACAGCAGGACAAGGAAUGGGAACGAGAUUUCCGUGCCUCUUUUUAUUGUGAUGCCUGACAUGUUUGUCUUUUGGCAUUUCACAUGGUAAUUGGAAUUGCCCAGUGGGCUAUUUUUGAUAGAUUUGGACUCUUCCGACAGCUUGCAAUAGCACAUGUUAAUGUCAUUACAUACUUAUUGGUGCUGGCAAAGCUGCCUAGGUUUAAAAAAUAAAUAAAUACAUUGCACAGCAAAUGUUCUCAAAAUC